GUAGUAAGGCGGAGACGAUUCGACUCUCGCGGUCUUUUACUUUGGUAGUGCUCGACCUCACGAAUCAGAACUGUGAGAAGGUUUAAAAAGCUCUGGGAAGGCUUGAACUCCGAACUCCGAACUCCGAACUCCGAACUCCGAAGUGCCAUGGAACGCGCUUCUGCUGCGCUGCCCUCCGAUUCGAGUUCAAUGGUUGGGGGUGGGGGUGGGGGAGCUUCUAAGUACCUGGCCAACCUUCCCUCUCGCGGCCUCUUCUCUUCAACCGUCAUCUCUUCUAAUCCGGGAGGCGUACGAGUAUAUAUUUGUGAACAUGAUACAUCACCUCCAGAGGAGCAACUAAUAAAGACAAACCAAACAAACAUACUGAUUAGGUCUCUCACACUUAAGAACCAGAAAUGUGAUUCCAGCUCAAAGGAUGCGAAGGGUAAAGCUACAACUGAGAGCACCAAGGGCAAGAGAGCAGCUGAGAGAGCUGUAGAUGGGAGGAAUUCAGCUAAGAGAGUGAACAAGACAAACGGUUCUGGAAAACCUCAACAAGAGGGAACCAGUACUCGUACAGUUGAGAGGGAUUUCCAGGGCCUGACAGUGGAGAGGCUGCGCGCCCGUUUAAAGGAGAGGGGUCUGUCAGUCAAAGGAAAGAAGGAUGAACUGAUUGCACGCCUGAAAGAUGAUAUGGUCGAUGGCGAACCAUAACUUGGAAUACAAAUCAAAUACCUGGAUGUGUAUACAUUAGUGCAGGCUCAUGAGGUGAUGCAACUUAUUUUGGUAUGCCUUGGGAGAUCUUUUUGCUGGACAACUGUAAACUAGUUCUAAUCUAUAUUAUUAUUAUUAAUUUUUUUUUUUUUGGGUUGUGGGGGUGGGGGGGUUGAGAGUGUAGGGUAGUGAAAGUAUAUUGUUGCAUGGGAAUAUGGGGUGGAAUGUUGCAGUUGUGUACAUUAUAGAUUUAUUUAUUUUUACUUUGUUAUAUUCUCUCAUGAUUAAGAAAUAUUCAUCA